AUGGCCUACAAUUGCAACUUGGCUGUCAUCACACAGUCUGACACAAGUAAUUUCGUGUGCUCAUGGAGCAAGGCUGACCGAGCCAAGGGAUCUGAUAACCAAAUACAUCAAUCCAUCGAUGUUAUCCUCUACCCCAAGCAGAGCGUGGAUUCAACCGAUUCUCGUUUCACCGGGCCCGACAAUGGUGGCAGCUGUGCAGUUUGCUAUGACGAGGACUAA